UAAAUUCAAAAAAAAUCAAAAUUUAAUUCCGUCGGUUUUCAAAACUCGGAAUACACAAAGUAACAAAGAAAAUAUCUGUUGGCGCAUAGCAAAACUCGUGUUUAUCGACUUAGAAAAUCAGGGGACAUCCCUGUUAAAACUUGUUGAAUAAUGAAUAUUCAUCAUCUAUAGUUUAAUCCACCCAGAUAUUCUUCGUCUCCGUGAGUUCUUUAUACAUUAAUUUUCUGCACCUCAGCCUUCUCUGCCUGUCUGUGUCCUUUUUGUUUGUGGUUGUAGUUAUAUACGUAUUCCAUUUAGCCCCCUUUGUUAUUUCAUUUAUUCUCUUUCCCUCUUGUCUAUAUAUUCUGCUCAUCUACUGUUAUAUAAACACACACACACACACACACAAAAAACAAACCACAUUCAACUACUUCUUCAGCAUAAAUAAGCAAUGGGUAGGAAGAAGAUAGGGAACCAUUUGAUUACAUGUACAACUUUCAACAUCUUGGCUCCCAUUUACAAGAGGCUUGAUCAUCAGGAUCAGAGCUGCAGAGAAAGUGAUAAUAAGGCUAAUUGGCUUGAUAGGAAUCAGAGGAUUCUGGAUAUGUUGUUGUAUGAAAGAUCAUCUAUUAUCUGCCUUCAGGAAUUUUGGGUUGGAAAUGAAGAAUUAGUGACUUUGUAUGAUAAGGGACUUGGCGAUGCUGGCUACAUGACUUUCAAGCUUGCACGGACCAACAAUCGUGGUGAUGGUCUACUGACUGCUGUGCAUAAGGACUACUUUCGGGUUAUUAAUGAUCAACCGUUUCUCUUACAUGGGUUUGGAGAUCGUGUUGCUCACCUGUUACAUCUUGAAGUAGCUACUCCAUUUUUGCAACACAGAAACAACAGUGUGCGGCAAGAAAUUCUUGUUGUAAAUACCCACUUGUUGUUUCCACAUGAUUCAAGUCUGUGCCUGGAACGCUUGCGUCAGGUGUACAAAAUUUUGCAAUAUGUCGAAUCUUAUCAGAAGGAAAACAAGCUUCAUUCUUUGCCAAUCUUACUGUGCGGUGACUGGAAUGGAAGCAAGAAAGGCCAUGUUUACGAAUUCCUCAGGUCCCAGGGAUUUAUAUCGUCCUAUGAUACAGCUCACCAGUACACUGACACAGAUGCACAAAAGUGGGUUAGCCAUCGUAAUCAUAGGGGAAAUAUCUGUGGAGUUGAUUUUAUAUGGCUUCUCAAUCCCAAUAGUUACAGGAAAGUACUGAAAGUCAGUUGGAGUGAAACAGUGUUCGGCAUGUUUAAGUGUCUUCUUCGACGGGAAUCAUUAACAGCAGAUGAUGCAUUUGCCAUUUUAAAGGCUGACAGCAGUGGUGAUUACAUUACUUAUUCUGGGUUUUGUGAUGCCUUGAGCCAGCUUGGUGUAACUGGAAAGCAAUAUGGUCUGAGCAUGGAAGAGGCAAAAGACUUGUGGGAGCAGGCAGAUAUUGAUGGAAAUGGAAUAAUCGAUUACCAGGAGUUUCAGCUGCGGAUAUGGAAUCCUACAUUGUCUCAUGAUAGAGAUGAUAUAAACAAUGAGACGUGGGAAGAUAUAGAAAAUAGCACAGAGCACAGCGUUGGUUUGAGGGUGAAAGAUGCUGUUCUUUUUCCUCCAGAAGUGGAAAAGGGGAUGUGGCCUGAAGACUACUCUCUUUCUGAUCAUGCUCGACUCACUGUGGCAUUUUCUCCUGUUAGAAUGUCUUGCUCCAGGCUUACAUAAUCUUGACAUAUUUGGAUCCUAAAGUUGGAUGUUACAUACACAAGGGAUGAUCAGAAGAUCAAGGACAUGAAAAAAACCCAGUGGCAGUUGCAGGCGGUCAAUGACUUGGUGAUUCUCAAGGUUGCGAUAUGAAUAAAUGAAUAACAACAGUAUAUCUGUUCUGGUACCUUCAGAUACCAUGACGAAGAAUCUCGAAUUUUACAAGAUACUUGGACCUCUAAGCUUUUUUAAAGACGGGGCUGAUGGCUUCCUCUCUUUUUUUUUCUCACCUCUGAUUUCGAAGGAGUCAUAGCCACAAUUCCACCUGAGACGUGCGGAUUGAGCGGAUGAUAUCAACAUUGGUAUCUUGCUUUUCAUAGUUGGAUCAUGUGGCUAUCUGCUUUUGGAAGGAUAGAGGAUACUGAAAGCUAAAAGAAAUAGUUAACUUGUAUACAUUUAACAAAUUGCAGUUUAUCAUCAGUGCAUAUUGGAGUUGCACUAUCCCAAACUGAAUUGGCUUUGAUUUUGUUAUUUAUUCGGUUCAUUAACAAUGCAUAAUAAUUGACAACCA